CCAACCUAUCCGGACAGUGAUAUCGCGUGCGUGCAGACAGCAGUGGCAAUAGAGGCCCGCUGGUGAAUCUCGUCCACCGCGUACAUCAUUCACUCAUACCCCACAUUGGAUAAGUGCCGGGAGCAUCGGGUAUCCGGAAGUGUCAACGCUAUCAUCAUCAAAUUACAGUCUGCGUCCACUUCUUCGAUUUCGUCACAUUCACCAGUGUAGGACCGUGCCCGGCCUCGGCACGUUUGAAGGCUUUUGGUUUACGUUACGCCAUAAUAGGCAUUAAUUUAUUACAUUAACGCGCCACCGCGAAACCGGAGCCGUUGUAACAAAGGUUGCCGGCCAGCGAGUGUGGGUUGAUACGUGCGGUGUUCAGCGCAGUUCCCUUGAAGUUGACGCGGUCGACAAGCGUGUCGAAGCAGUGAUCCUGCCACGCGGAUAAGGCGAACGAACAUAAAGAAAAAUCACCACCAACAGGCUCGGUAUCAAGCGACCGACGGGCGGACGCAACUCAACGACGACGACGGCACAGAAAUGAGUUCAAAAGCAUUACCAAAUCUAUUUAUGCUAUCAGCGGCAGUAAUUGCGCUGAUGGCACUGCUGAUCGUCGGGCCACAACCGGCGGCAGCCAACGACAGCCAGAAUAUUAACCGACUGCUGAACAAUCAGGUGAUUGUCAGCCGGCAGAUCAUGUGCGUCCUGGAGAAGAGCCCCUGCGAUCAGCUCGGCCGCCAGCUAAAAGCUGCCCUGCCGGAAGUGAUACAGCGCAACUGUCGGAACUGUUCCCCACAACAGGCUCAGAACGCACAGAAACUGACGAACUUCCUGCAAACUCGCUACCCGGAGGUGUGGGCCAUGUUAAUACGCAAAUACGGCGCAGUUUAAAGGAAGGAGCUGGGUUUCUUCCAACCAACGACUGGACUGAUGCUCGCCAAAUCGUUUGCUCGUCCAGAAGGUGUCCCAGGAAAGAUUAAAUAAUAAGCGUCAGGAAGCAACCGAACCGGAACUUCGGAAGACAAAUCAAUCGUCCUUGACUGUGCCAGGGCGCACAGCGAGCGAAUCAGAUGUCCGUUGAAAAGGCAUCGCCACAUAUCGAACCUAGCACCUUUAAGAAGAAUCUCCACCAGGUUGGCCAAACGGCGGAUGUCGGCGAAAGCGGACGCAAAAAUUCAUUUCCCUGAUGCGUCAUCCGUCAUUCUGCGAGCCGCAGAUUGCGGAGUAGACGGACGAAAAUAUGGCGCAACGCCGCCAUGGUUUAUGCGAAACUUGAUUGUAGCGGUCCAUACUCAUGAAUACCCAGAAAUAUUUCCAUAUCGUAGCCAUUCCCGUCACAUGGCGCAACGCAGAACCCGAGAGUCACUAAGGGGGUCUCCGUUCCUUGGACGAUUGCUCUUUCACAGUUGCUCCCGUCUGAGCCGAGCUGCACAAACUCAAGUUUGUCCCGAAAGUUUUAUCGCUCCUUCUGCUUGCUCUCCACAGUUGGGUUGUUUUUGCUUUCCGUAACACUGGCCGAAUCCAGCCGACACGUGGAGCAAGCCGCUUAACGAGUUUUCUGUUGGAUGGUUUGCUAAAAUUGUUUGUACGACAGGAAACAGUAAAGUACGAUGCAUAAUCCGAUUAUGGACGUGUCUGUCUUCUCGUGUUGUUACGGGCAUCACCGGCUCACAUCGUCUUCAUCAACAUCAAACUCCAGCGUGGUGGUGGAGCAUUAGAAGAGUAUAACAUUAAUAAUACUGUUAAAAUCAAUAAUAAUACUAUGUGAUAGAUCCAUAUCCUUGUCGACAGAACUGGCCCAGAGUAGGACAGGCAUGAGGGAGUCUGUAAGUUUGAGAAUAAAAACAGUAUCAAUCACGAUGCAAACGGCGUCGGAAGUAGUUAAGUAGUGCAAACAUUAAACUCCGAAUGGAUGGACCAUUGAGUGUCCGUAUCAUUUCCACAUGGUCAUAUUAUUACUCACGAGUAAAUAGUAUAACGGUAAGUUAUCUUGGUAGGGCCUUCGACUUUUACACUGUUCCGGUUUCAGAAGCAGCUG